AUGUCCGGUUGUAACAUGCAUAACUAUUUCUGGCUGCUGCCAGUCCUGGCGCAGCCAGUGUGCGGCCAUGAAGCCAUUGGCACAGUCCAAGUGCACGCCGAUGGCAGCGGUGUCACGAAGUGGUACUCGAUGCUGGCAAGCGGCGUGGAAAGGGAAGAGGCGACGAUCUCUCCUUUAGAGGUGUCAGCUGCGGGCAGCUUGCACAAGUUGGCAGCACCCGCCACCAGGCAUCACGAUCAUCGGGAUGACAGCGCGAGAUCGAACGCUCAUCGUGUGGAUUCCUCUACGGAAAGCAUGCUGGAGAAUUCGGAUGCCAGCCAACAUGUGCACGAAGAGAGAGUUAGCACUGCAGCUUACCUGAGCAUGGCAUUGCAGACCUCCAAUGCGACAAUUCUUCGACGGAAAGCCAGUGCGCUGGCAGCUGGCAGGUUGAUGGGUGAUCAGCUUACCGCCGCGGGGAAGGAGAUGAGCGAGGUUGCCGCUGGUGCAGCUGCUGCUGCUUUCCAAUCUGCGGCUUCUGGGCAGCUGGGGAAUGAACUGUCAGCCAGCAUUGCGGCCGAGAGUGCUGGCCAAGCAGCAGGAAAAGCUGCGAAGAGGGAAGAUUAUCCUGAGCAAGGCAGGGUGCAGGCAGUUGCGGAUGCAGCUACAACCGCUGGAAAGAAGCACGGUCUGCCCCAGGAUAAAGCAGCCGCAUCGGGAGCAAUGGCAGCGGGUCAUUUUGCGGCCGGAGAGGCAUCUUCUCUCGGACGCAUGUCCGAGGAAGUCGCGCAAGCUGCCGCUACAGCAUCUGCAGCUUACGCCUACGGUGCCGGAUUGGCCACGCAAGACAUCGCUACCAUCUCGGCCAAAGCGGCAGCAUCAGCCGCUGCAGACCAUGCUGUUGCGGCCGGCAUGCAUCUGCAAGACAUUCAGAAGCUGGCUCGGCAAGCGGCCACUGUUGCAUUCAACACUGCCCUGGAGGUGUACACAAGCUUGGCUCACGAAGCCGCGCCUACGGACAGUUCGAUGGAAGACAGCAAGGCUCCAGAGAUCCUGUAUUCGCCAGCGGAUACAUCGGAUGGACUGCAGGCCAUCAAGAAUCUGACCAACACUGCAGGUGAUGAAAGUGUAGCUUGGCCCUGGGAGUCACCCGAGCAUGCGCUGGAGAGCGCUGAAAGUCUGCCGGCUCUGCCUGGGGAAGCUGGGGUGGUUGUGAGCAGCCUCUUCGGGGAGCCUGGUCAGCGUGGCAGCCGCGGGGCCACUGGACCGCAGGGGCCUGCAGGUGCAGCAGGGCCUGGAGGAGCUCCAAGCCGUGGCCCACCUGGGCCUCUAGGACCCCAAGGCCCUCAUGGUCCACCGGGGCCACAUGGAGACCCUGGGCCCCAAGGCAUUCCAGGACCGGAGGGGCCAGUGGGAAGCAUGCCAGCCGAUACGCACACGUGGCAGCAGGUUCUGGACUACUAUCAAGAAGUACUGGGCAAAAUGGAGACAUCAUUGGGGAGGAAGCACCGUGCAGUGAACAAUGACCUUGUCCUUCUGAACCGGGAGGCUGCGCUCUACCAUGCACGUGAUGCUGGUGUAAGGCAUGGAGCAACGGGCCUGCAUGCGUACAUACUUCGAUCCUAUGCACGCAUUGCAGCAUCACUGUCCCAGGCGCUUCGGCUGGAUCACAGCGUCUCGGGGUCCUUUGCAGCAGAAACACCAAGGCAAGACUUGAAGGAUGCCAGGAAGCUUCUUUUGGUUGCGAGGGCGCAAAACAACUUCAUCCGCCAUACAGAGAGGGGAUCGUCACCGCAGAGAUGGCACGGAGCCGGCCUUCUGCAGGACAGCAUGAAAAGCCGGUCCAUGAAUGCAGUGAUGGGAUGGCUUGCUGCGAGUGUUUGGGUCUUCAGGCUUCUUCUCUGA